GUUUACAGCGAACCGUGAGUUGGAUGGCUUGUUUGUGUGUUCGUUUACUUUCUUCAGAACGUUUCAAAACAACGCCGUGUGUUUGGUCAUUUAACGAAUUUAAAGAACGUAGAAGAAUCACGCGAACUUUCGUAAUAUUUCGUUAAGUGGUUGUGCAAAAUGAAAAGUACAUUCUCCAAAUAGAGUUUAGUCUCUAAAAUACUUUUGAAAAAUCGGAAGAAAAUGUUUUCGUUUGUGCUUUUGUGGAACACUUUGACAGUUGUAAUGGUGUGGAAAAUACAAAUGGCCAGAGAUGCGUAGCAGGCCAAAUGUUGUGCACCGGGCUUGAGCCGGUCCUUCGCUGCUGGAAGCGCUCAUGCCGACGAAGAUGGCAUCCAUGCCGCCAUCUCCAUCGGAAUCGUCGGCGGAAGAGAGGCACGAGUCAGAUUUGUACACGAGGCCCGGAUGGGUGGACGCAGAUGUUGCUUUGGUUCAACUUGAUCAAGAUAAAGCCGUUGGCGAUCGGGGAAUUCUUUGGAUUCGAAGUAGAAUUCAGAGACAGUUAAAAUCGUUGGGAAGCAUACUGGAUACCCACGCCGGAAAGUUCCUUUUCGUCAGCGUUUUAGCGCUGGCCACAUUUUCGGUCGGCUUGAAAAGUAUGACCUUCCACACCGACAUCGAACUGCUCUGGGCCGAACCUUCUAAUACCCCGGAAUCGUCACCCAGGGAGAUGCUUUCUUCGCAUCAGAUGGUAGUGCAGACGGGGAUUGAUCCCGACGUAAACCUUCUACAUCCUCGGGGUCUGUUGGAACAUUUGUCUCUAGUCCAAAAAGCCACCCAAGUUACUGUAAAUAUGUUCGAUAUGACGUGGCGCCUUAAGGACUUUUGUCAAUCGCCCAGUAUACCAAAUUUCGAGGCCCAUUAUAUAGAACAAAUGUUCGAAAAUAUGAUGCCGUGCUCCAUCGCCACGCCUCUGGAUUGUUUUUGGGAGGGAUCCAAGCUGCUGGGACCUGAUUAUCCCGUCCAUAUCCCCUACGGUUUCGGUAACCAAGUAAAAUGGACCAAUCUUAAUCCAAGCGAUCUAGUCAGCAAGGUCAAACAAAAGGAAGCGAAUUUUGAUUACCACUCCCUCGAGGAUUAUUUGAAACGUGCCGGUAUUACGACGGGAUACCAAGAGAAGCCAUGUUUAGAUCCCCACGAUUCGGAAUGUCCCACAACAGCGCCCAAUUUCAAUUCUACCGUCCCUUUGGAUAUUGGCGCGGAAUUAACGAAUGGAUGUUACGGAUUUGCCGCGAAAUUUAUGCACUGGCCAGAAGAUUUGAUUGUCGGAGGGGUGCAGAAAAACAAAUCGGGUUACAUAAAAAAUGCCAAAGCUUUACAGACUGUUGUACAAUUAAUGGGCGAACACGAAUUGUUUGAGUAUUGGUCCGGACAUUACAAAGUACAUCACAUCGGAUGGAAUAGAGACAAGGCCACGUUGGUUCUGAACGCUUGGCAGAAAAAAUUCGCACAGGAAGUCGAUCGCUUGUCAAAAUUGCAAAGUCACUCGUCCUCGUACUCGUUCAUUACGUUUUCAACUGCGAACGUAAACAAAAUUCUGCGGGAGUAUUCGAAAACGGACAUCAUGAAGCUGGGAAUAGUGUUAGCAGUGGUCGCCAUUUACGCAUGGAUAGCUCAGUCGGUAAUAGCUGCUUUAGGAGUUCUAGUCUUAGCCAGCACGGCCGCGGCUGCUUUAGGAGUUUGCAGCUUAAUCGGUCUUCCCAUGAACUUGCUUAGUACUCAGGUGCUUCCGUUCAUUACCGUCGGUUUAGCGAUGCGGGAAAUGUUCCUCUUGUUAUCGGUUCACGUGAAAAACUUAAGUCCGCCGGAAGUGCUAGUUCGGACCGGUCCCAGUAUUAUGUCCGCCGUUUUGAUUAAUUGCGCAGCAUUUUUGUCAGCCGCCAUUUUGCCCGUGCCGGCUUUACGAGUAUUCGCGUUGCAAUGUACUGUCACAGUUUUAUUUCACGGUGCUGCGUUGUUGAUAGUGUUCCCGUCGUUGUUAGCGUUGGAACAACGGUGCAGAAAAUCUGACGUACCGUGUUUGCGCAGCGAACACCGGACGAAGAUGACAGCUUCACAAAACAACAACGAUCCCGAGCACGGGACGAAUUUGUUGACCGACGAGGCGGUUUGUCAACACAAAGGAAGUAUUGGGGCGUACUUCGUGACGCGUUAUUUCACUUCGAUUUUAGUGAAACCAUUCGUCAAAGGAAUAGUGUCUGCUACGUACACCAUAUUGGUGGUAUUUUUCGUAUAUAACGCUCUGAAAUUGAGAUUUGACGUGCGUUUAUCGACGUUUUUGCCAAAAAACACACAAGAGUACAAAUACUUAGAAGCGCAAAAUAAGUUUUUCGGAUUUUACAACUUCUAUUUGGUUACCACGGAGCUGGAAUAUCCGUUUAGUCAGUCGCUUCUUUACGAAUAUCACAACUCGCUCACUCAUGUGCCCUACGUGCUUAAAGAUUCCAAUGGUGGAUUAAAUAUGAACGACUUUUGGUUGGCAAACUUUCGCGAUUAUUUAAUGGACUUACAGCAGGAAUUCGAUCAUAGCAGGAGCUCCAAUUGCUUGAGUAGCGAGAAGUGGUUUGGAAACGCUACCGAGAAAGCAGUAUUAGCGUUCAAAUUGUUAGCGCAAACCGGUAUUGUGGAAUUCCCAGUGGAUAAAAGUCAAAUUUUCAAGAAAAGACUGGUUACAGAUGGUAUUAUAGAUCCCAAAGCGUUUUACAACUAUUUAUCAGUGUGGAAUAGUAACGAUCAGAUCUCGUAUUCCAGUUCUCAAGCAAACCUCACUCCCAAACCCUUCCAGUACUAUAGCUCAAAAAGCGAAUUCGACUUGAAAAUUCCUAAAUCGCAACCGUUGGUUUACGCGCAAAUGCCAUUCUAUCUGAAGAAUCUCAAAAACACCGGCAAUAUUAUCGACAGUUUGAAACAAAUUAAGGAUAUAUCGGAGGAAUUCAACAAUAGGGGUUUGAAAAAUUACCCAAUUGGAUUAAUUUUCGCUUAUUUCAAUCAGUUCCUACUACUUGAUAAGCUGUUGGCCGCGCAGUUUUUGCUCACGUUAGCUUCUACGGCUCUAGUAGCUUGCGUGUUGGUGAGAUGGACAAAACUUUGGUGCCCUCUGAUAAGCAGCUUAAUAGCGAUGCUACUUAUGUGUCUGUUGAACAUUAACGCGUUAAGCGGUAUAAUGGGAGCGCUGCAUUUUAUUGUGAUAAGUAGGAACGUUCUGCUUAUUACAAUCGGAUAUUUAAGUGCCGUUGGUAUUCGCGAAAGACGUAUUAGGAUGUCCCUGGAAAUAAACGCGGACCCUAUACUAAAAGGAGACGUUGGUCUUUUGCUUUCUUCGUCGGUACUCGUUAUUUCGCAAUUCGAAUUCAUUCAUGAUCAUUUGUUCAUGAUCCUUUUGAUUUCCGUUGGAGGCUCGUUAAUCAAUUCCUUAACCUUCUUCCCUAUGAUGUUGGCGCUGGUCGGGCCAAAAGCGGAAAUUACCCCUAUCCAACAUACCGAUAGAAUUUCUACCCCACCUCCACCGCCGCCACCACCGAUACCGGAAAAAACCAAGUCCUUUUCGAAACCUUCCAGACGAAACGCGUCAACCAAAGCAACCAGAGAGACGAGCCUGACUACUAUAACUGAAGAGAGUUGUAAUCAAAGUAUAGUAGUCGAACCCCAGGUUACUGUUGAAUAUAGCAGUCCAGAAUCGAGUUCUAGCGGACCUUACACUACUAAAGUCACCGCCACGGCCAAUAUAAAAGUCGAACUAGUGACGCCCAUGUACAGAUCUAGUAAGUGCAGUAGUAAGUGUCAUCGUGCGUCCAAAUGUAAUCGGACGAGACAAAAACAAUCUCCGCAGCCGCAACAAUGUAAAUGUUGUAAACAGGACUCGGAUAGCAGUGAUAGCACUGCUGAAACCGAGCCUUGUACUUCCAGCUAGU